AUGAGCGACGUUAUUCAACCACUCGAUGGUCCAUCAACUUAUAAAGAUACGAGAUCUAGGAUUGAUCCAGAGAAGCAGAGGGAGAUGUUAGAAAGGAGUACGACACUCUAUUGCGGUAAUCUCUCAUUCUACACAACAGAAGAGCAGAUUUAUGAAUUAUUCGCGAGAGUUGCAUCUGGACAAGGCAUCAAAAGGAUUAUUAUGGGAUUAGACAGGAAUACUAAACAUCCCUGUGGAUUCGCCUUCGUCGAGUAUUAUAGUCACCAGGAAGCAGUUGAAGCCUUAAGAUACAUCAACGGUACAAAGCUCGACGAGAGAGUCAUACGCUGCGACUUAGACGCACAAGGUUACAAAGACGGCAGACAAUUCGGUAGAGGAAGGUCUGGUGGACAAGUCCGUGAUGAGUAUAGACAAGAAUACGAUAGUGGUCGAGGUGGCUGGGGACACCUCAAGGGACAAGUACCAUCUGGGGAUAACGGUGAUCAAUCUUAUUCUAACAAUUCUAAGAAAAGAAACGCAGAAGAUUAA